AUGGCUGUGAAACAACUCAGUUCCAGCCAAAUCAAUCCAGACAUCCUGUCAGAAGAAACCAUUCACCAGUCACAACUGAAAAGAGCUAUUCACCACAGACUCAUUUUGAAACAAAAAAGAAAUGAAAACCAGAGAACAAGACAUCACCCCCAGCCUGACAUUCUGGGAGGAGCUCAGGGCCCAAACUCCAAAAAUAGUGACACCAGUGGCAUCUUCCACAAGAACACUUUAACGCCUGAGGCCGAGGAGGAGCUUUUUGAGGAGCAAGAGAAGAGCAGCAGCCAAGACCAUGGCCCUGAAAUAACACCUGACAUGGAGCAGGAAAUCAUGAAUGCACUCGGUCCAGGGCCACAAGAGGACAUCUUAAGCAGUGCAUUUAAACUGAACAUCACCAGAGGAGACAUGCAGACUCUAUGGGAAAGCCAGUGGCUUAAUGAUGACAUCAUAAAUUUUUACAUGAACCUACUCACACACAGGAGCAAAUCACCAGGUUAUGCCUCACUUCACACCUUUAAUACAUUCUUCUAUACGAAACUCAAGUGUGGGGGAUACAGGUCUGUGAAAAGGUGGACCCGGGCUGUGAAUAUCUUUGAAAAGGACAUUGUCCUCGUGCCGGUACACCUACAUGUCCACUGGAGUCUUGUGGUCAUAGACCUACGAAAGAAGACCAUUGUCUACUGGGAUUCCAUGGGACUCAAAAGACCUGGUGUCCUGGGAUUGAUUUUCCAGUACCUGCAAGAGACCAAAGUGAAGAGGAGUAUAGAUCUGGACCCCUUGGAUUGGAAGCAAUGCCGAAAAGCAUGUCGGCAGGGAGAUUCCUUGCAGCUGAAUAGGAACGAUUGUGGAGUGUUUACCUGUAAAUAUGCAGACUAUAUUUCUAGAGGCCAACCCAUAACCUUCUCUCAGCAGCAUGUGCCUCUGUUUAGGAAGAAGAUGGUGUGGGAAAUCCUGCAUAAGCGCUUACUGUAA